AUGGCACAUCGUACGUUAACCAGCUUUCCAAACACAGAAGGCUCUUCUGCCUUAACAGAAUACUUCGUUGCGAUUGAUGGUUUUGAACGAGAAAAGGACUGUAACGUCGACAUUACCAACGGAACCGCAUCUCUCCGCUAUACAAUUCGUCCAAACGUUGAAUAUGGGUUGUGUAUGUCGCAAGCUAGGAGAAACAGAGUAUUAAAUGAGAAUUCACAAAGACAUAAGUUACGUGGACCGAUAGAAAGAAUGUGUGUUACCGCGAUCGAUAGCUCUGUUAUGACAGUUGAUGGGCCGUUGGAGAAGUAG